ACUCUCAGCUGACUUGGUUUGUUGCUUGCCACUGCUGUUUGGUAGGCCUCUUCGUGUUUGAGAUACUUUGCACAUAAUCAAUUUAGCUUUAAAUGGAAGCGCAACUACGCCGCGCGAGUACGCCGUUUUAAAGAAACAAGAAAAAAAACAGAAAAAAAAGCAGAGAAACUGGCGCCGGUCGGCUGGUUACUACAGCAAAGUAAAAAAACACACACAUAAAGAAACGAAAUAAUAAUACUUUUUUUCUAAACCAAUCAAAGCUAAAUUUUUUGAAGAAUAUUUUUGAAAAAAUAAAAGUUUACACAAAACGAAAAGUGUGGUGCUAUUGUGCAGAAAGCAAGAAAUUGUUUGAAUUUAGUGAAAUUUUGAUAAACGCAAUCAAGCAAAUUGAGAUAUGGCCUUAAUAAUAGGGAAUUUUUCAUAUUAACUUACGACAGGACAUCAGGAGUCUUGUUAAAUCAGGAUCAAGAAAUACACCCAGUGCCCAGUCGUUAAAACACUUUGAUAAACAAUGUCAAAGAACGUACAUUUUCUGAUCAUAUAUUUGGUAAUUUUUAUAGCACAAUGUUGGGCAGCUCCUCAGCCAUUUGGUUGCAUGAGUUAUCUGGAGGAUCGCAUAGAGGAAGACUAUUCGGAGGAGUAUAUGGAUCCGCCACAAUUUGAUACGGGAGGCCUUACAUCAAAAGAAUACAACAAAGUCAAUUCCCAGGUGGAAAAACCAACAGAUGCUACGAUUCAUUUGCGCACAUGUCCGCCAGACUAUACAUUUUGUUUUUCAUUGUGGCGCAAGACUGCCAAUGGAACUAAAAUCGAGAAACAAGGUUGUUGGAAAGAGAGCACAGAGGGCAAUGGCACCUGUAACAAUGCCGAAUGUGUCAGUUCUUCACCAACAUCGCGUAAUAACUCCUUGUAUUAUUGCUGUUGCUCUGGCAAUGCCUGUAACCGCAAUGUAACAGUAUUAGAACCUUCAUUCUUAGAGCUCUCCAAGAGUAUAUAUUCCGAAUCUAAUCACUCUGUGGCAAACGAGACCAUACACUGGUCCACCGCUAGUCUUUGGCUGUGUGUGUUGCCAACAUGUCUGGUUAUAACGCUACUAUCAACGUUUAUCUACUGCCGCAGUACACGAGAGAAACCAGUGCCAGAAGAGGCUCCCUUGGCACCUUCGGGACCUGGCUACAGCUCAAAUCUACGCAAUGUGGAUAAUUUAAAUCUGAUUUGCAUGCUGGACAGUGGCAAGUAUGGGACGGUGAUGAAGGGCCUGUUACACGAUCAGGAGGUGGCGGUCAAAAUAUUUCCCGAAGCUCAUCAGCAGUAUUUUAUCAACGAAAGAAAUAUUUAUUCGUUGCCUUUGAUGGAUUGUCCCGCACUGUUGACAUAUUUCGGUUACGAUGAACGCCAUACCAUGGAGGGCAAAGUGGAAUACCAUUUGGUUAUGUCCUUGGCCCCCUUGGGCUGCCUACAGGACUGGCUCAUACCGAACACCAUGAACUUUGAGGUUUUCUGUGGCAUGGUCAAGAGUAUAACCCGUGGUCUCUCUCAUCUGCACACCGAGCUGCGCAGGGGCGAUGAGCAUAAGCCAUGCAUUGCCCAUCGUGAUUUGAAUACUCGCAACAUCUUGGUAAAGGCCGAUCGCACUUGCUGCAUAGCAGACUUUGGAUUUGCCCUAAAGGUAUUUGGUCCACGUUACGAGUACAAGGGCGAAAUAGCCGAAGCCGAAACCAGGAGCAUCAAUGAGGUGGGCACCCUGCGCUAUAUGGCCCCUGAGCUUUUGGAGGGUGCGGUAAAUCUGCGCGAUUGUGAAACUUCGCUAAAGCAAAUGGAUGUCUAUGCCUUGGGCCUGGUUUUGUGGGAGGUGGCCACCCGCUGUUCGGACUUUUAUCCGCCUGGCCAGCCUACACCUCCGUACAAGGCACCCUACGAAUUGGAGGUAGGUUCCCAUCCCUCAUUCGAUCAAAUGCAAUCGUUGGUGGUGAGACACAAGGCCCGUCCUCUCUUUCCCACGGGAUGGGGCGGGGGACCAGCUGUUAAACUGAUACGCGACACAUGCGAAGAUUGUUGGGAUCAUGAUGCUGAGGCUCGUCUGACAUCGCUAUGUGCCGAAGAGCGUAUGCAUGAGGCAGCAAAUAUUGGCAUGCGACUCAAUGCUUACCUGCAGGCAACCACACCUUUGCUUAGCACCAACAAUUUGUGCAAUUGUACUGCAGCAGAGUCAGACUCUACCCAAAUCCAGAAGCCUAGGUCUCCCACAAACAUAGACAACUUGACAGCGGAUACCAACACCGUCUUAAAUCCGCCGCCCAACAAAAAGAACUUGCCCUACUUCCAUGAGACAAACGAGCCCAAUCUACCAAGAGUGGGCAGCACAACCGAGAAGAAUCAUAUGAUACAGCCCCAGCAACAAAUACAGCCAUAUCAAGGACGCAAUCCAUGCCAGGAAAGAAAUCUGGCCCCAGCCUCCAUGCACUAUCCCCAGCCUCUGAUACAGCGCAGCAAGAAGCAUAGUUUCCAAACGCCCAUGGCUAAUGAGAACAGCUUCUCCUGUUUGGAUGAUGAUGUGUCGGUGGAGGAAUUGAUUUCCGCAAGAAACUCCAAUAAGAAAUUUUCCUCCUUGCCCAAUGGGCAGGAGAGUAUAAUGACACCCAAUGGCAAUGCCACCACACACCAGGAUCUGGGUCAGGGUUUUCCCAAACAGCAGAACACAGAUCGCAAGCUUAAGGGAUGGCAUGGCGUGCGAGCUCUGAUACAAAAGAAACUUUUCCGCAAAUCCGAUCUGGCGCGCCUUGAGGCCUUUCGCCAGAUGCAUGGCGAUGAAAAAUCGAAUUUGGUGGAGAAAAAUCGCUCUUCCAAGCCUGUGGUGAUAAGCUUUAUCGACAAGGAAAAGGUAAAUUGUGACAAAUCCGCCAACAUCACUACAGCAACCAUUGCCCAGCCCGAGCCUCAUCCAAAUGGCUAUGUCAUCAACAAGCGACCCAAUAAUCUGGACCUAAGUCCGGUGACUCAGACGAAUGGCUUUAAAGUGCAGGCAACGCCUGUAGGGCAAACACAAAAUCACAUUACCACCAUUGCCGAAGAGCCCGACCCCAAUGAGGAUGAAGCCGUGGAAUAUAGGCUGAAAAGCCUUGACAAAAGAAAAUCCACACCUGCCCACAAUGUUGCCCGCUCUAAGUCAUCGAAUUUAUUGAAAUCCCUUGACUCCUCCAACAACAAUCUGCACGAAGCCGAACUGAAGGCCCUCAGCAAUGCUGUAAUCCUGAGAAAUCAUUCAGCCUCAGAGCCUCAAUUCCGCCGGCAACGUAGUUUGGAGGUAUUCCGCGAGGUUUUCAAUGCCCGCGGCAGCAACGAACGCUUGCGCGAUCCCAGCCAACGGGUCAAGACACCCGGUGAUGUGCCACCUUCGGUGCGCAAGAUAAGAGCUUCAAAGACCCUUAGCCUGUACGAUGAUCGCAUGAUGGACUCAUCACUGCUUAAUGUGCUUUAGCAUGAAGAAGUUCUGCUUCUCGAGCUGUAGGAGCAGAACUUUUAAAGGUGCACACCCAAAAAUUCCCUUGCCUCCCAAGUCAUAGGCACUUGGACUUGCGACAAGAGAGAAAAUGGAUUAAUCCAAUCACGAUUCCAGAGCGGAUAAUACUCAUUAUUUAUUUAUCAUUGAGAAAUCAAUUCAUCGAAGGUGCAUUUCCCACACGUGUCAUUAUCUUGGAACCGCCAUUUACAGAUGGGCAGGAUAACCCAUACAGAGCUAUAUAAGUUUGAUACUUCUAAACACAUAUGCCUAGAGAUAUUGUAAGGACCAAAGUUUCAUUUCGUUCAUUUUUUGAUUUAAAAAACACAAAAAAAACUUUUAGUAGAUGAAGUCGGCUUGAGUAUUAAAUUAAAAUCAUUCUAGGUGGGCCACAGCCCUCCCUAUAAGGGUUGUAAAGAACCGUUCGGGCAAAUCAGCGAUUUCGUCUUGAAAAUCUACAGAAUUUGGUUAAUUAACCUUAGCUUACGAGAUGUUUUUGUUUUGGUACACCCAGCCCUUGAGAGUCUUAUCUGAGUUACAUUUUUAUACCCUCCACCAUAGGAUGGGGGGUAUACUAAUUUCGUCAUUCUGUUUGUAACUACGUCGUGACAUUUUAUGUCGAUCUAGCCAUGUCCGUCCGUCCGUCUGUCUGUCAAAAGCACGCUAACUUCCGAAGGAGUAAAUCUAGCCGCUUGAAAUUUUGCACAAAUACUUCUUAUUAGUGUAGGUAAGUUGGUAUUGUAAAUGGGCCAUAUCGGUCCAUGUUUUGAUACCGCUGCCAUAUAAACCGAUCUUGGGUCUUGACUUCUUGAGCCUCUAGAGUGCGCAAUUUUUAUCCGAUUGGAAUGAAAUUUUGCACGUGGUGUUUUGUUAUGAUAUCCAACAACUGUGCCAAGUAUGGUUCAAAUCGGCUUAUAACCUUAUAUAACCGCCACGUAAACCGAUCUUAGGUCUUGACUUCUUGAGCCUCUAGAGUGCGCAAUUCUUAUCCGAUUGGAAUGAAAUUUUGCACGUGGUGUUUUGUUAUGAUAUCCAACAACUGUGCCAAGUAUGAUUCAAAUCGGUUCAUAACCUGAUAUAGCUGUCAUAUUAACAGAUCAGGGGACUUGACAUCUUGAGCUUCUAGAGGGCGCAAUUCCUGUCCGAUUUGACAGAAAUUUAGCAUGACGUAUUUUAUUCUUACUUUUAACAACUGUGUCAAAUAAGGUUCAAAUCGGUUCAUAACCUGAUAUAGCUGCCAUAUAAACCAAUCUGGGAUCUUGACUUCUUGAGCCUCUAGAGGUCGCAAUUAUUAUCCGAUUUGCCUGAAAUUUUGUACGACGGAUUCUCUCAUGACCAUCUACAUACGUGUUUAUUAUGGUCUGAAUCGGUCUAUAGCCGAAUACGGCUCCCAUAUAAAUCGAUCACUCUAUUUUACUUCUUGAGCCCCCAAAGGGCGCAAUUCUUAUUCGAAUUGGCUGACAUUUUACACAGGCCACCAACAUAUAAUUUAAUUGUGGUCCAAUCAGGACCAUAUCUUGAUAACGCUCUAAUAGCAGAGCAAAUGUGUUCUUUUAUCUUUUUUUUUCCUAAGAAGAGAUGCCGGGAAAAGAACGAUGCAUAGUGGAGGGUAUAUAAGAUUCGGCCUGGCCGAACUUAGCACGCUUUCACUUGUUUUUUUUUUUCAAUUACAAUCGUGAUUGAAAUGUUUGCCAUUUUCAAUUAAAAAAUUAAUUGAUUCAAUUAACUUUUUAAUAUUAUCUGAAAAUUUUCUCAAUCACCAUCGUGAUUUUCAAUUAAAAAAAUAAUCGAUUCUAUCAUUUUUUAAUCCCACACGUUCCACACCCAUACGUUCCACAAGUUGACAAAUCUAUAGCAAUACCAUGACAGCCGGUCCUACGUGCCGGAUUAACCCAAUGGAGUCUUUCAUCGGCCAAGGGCUGCCGCCGUAGUGCACAACAUACUGCUACGACAACAUAUAGGGCACCCCUAACCUACAAUCGCAGGGACCUUCGCUCAAACAACGCACCUUAAGUUCAUGUUGCAGCCACACAUCUGCGUAUUAAAUAUAGAAUCAAUCAUUUUUUAAUUGAAUCAAUGACAAAUUAAUUGAAAACUGCAA